GUUGUGCAGGGGCGGCGCAUGCUGCUGCAGCUGACGCUGGCGGCGCUGGCGGCGCUGAGCGUGGCGCCCUGCGUGCUGCAGCGGCUCUGCCCCUCGCGACCGCCGCGCCCGCCCUCCUCCGUCUGCAUGCAUCGCGUGCCCACCAAGGUCAUUUCAAAGUGUCAGAAAAAUAUAUAGGACGCCCGCUACCGCACCUCAAAUGUGGUCAACGCCGACAUGAUACAGCAAGAGGCGGCCAAGUUGCAGACAGUAAACGGUUACAGUGCGUUUGUUCAGUGAGAUGUCGUGGUAGGGAGGGGGUGCCCCUAUAAGAGCUCUUGUGCCGUGUGGCCGCGGCUCUGUGCGGAGCAGCCGCAACACUCGCAUCCUCUCCCGCCCGUGCCCCUCGCCCUGGGCCCAGCAGCGCGCUAUGCCUGUACACCUCGCCCCGGCAGCGGCGCUGGCCGCCCUCAUCCUCAUCAUCACCACUCAUAAGGCGAAUGCAGAAUGCAAGAACUGUAUCGCGCUGGACAAGGAGGGGCGGUCACUGCUCCGCGCGCAGUGGGAGGCUUGCGGCGCGGGCGCGGUGGGCGCACAGGACGGCGCCGAACUCAAACGGCGCGCCUACUGCGCCCUGCGCCGUUGCAAGCUGCUCGCAAAGGACGGCAAGCUGCGCAAAGCGGCGCUCACGCACCUCGCACGCGGCCUGCCUGCCGACCAAACCAAGAUACUGGAACGCUGCAGCAACCAGUCUGGCGACACGCCCGAGGACCUCGCCUGGAACAUCUUCACGUGCGCCUUCGAGCACAAGUCGCUGCUCAACUUGCCGCCGAGCGCCGCCGACAUCCCCGGCGAGGACACUAGUCGCCUUACUGACUAGCCGCCUAGUCGCCUAACCUAGGCGCUUAGCCGCCUAGUCGUCCAGUGAUCUAGUCGACUAGUCGCGACGCGUCCCUAAUCCUAGCGCAAUUCUACCCGACUGUUUCAUGUUCUAAGUAAACAGUUAAGUUAAUACAAUAAACUAGUUUU